AUGAGCAGAAUUCUAGAGAGCGAAAAUGAAACAGAAAGCGACGAAAGCUCUAUUAUAUCGACUAACAAUGGAACGGCCACUGAAAGGACAAGAAAUCAUCCAGAAAUAAAAUCAUCGACACACACAGUUCAAAAUAGACUAGAACUCUUUAGUAGGAGGCUAUCUCAACUCGGAUUAGCAAGUGAUGCUUCUGUGGAUCAACAACUGGACAGCUCAGCUAGUAGCACUUAUGAACAGAAGGAGAUGAAUAAGACAAAUACAUCGACAGCAGAGCAAAAGAAUAUUGCAACUGAACAAAAGAGUCGCAAGGAGGAGCAGGAUACGCAAAAGAUCCAGAUAAAAUUUCAACCAAUUGGGUCUAUUGCGCAGUUGAAACCAUCGGUUUGUAAAAUUUCAAUGUCACAACCUUUUGCUAUGGUAAUUCUAUUUCUCAAAAGACGACUGAAGAUGGAUUAUGUUUAUUGUUAUAUAAAUAAUUCUUUCGCACCCACCCCACAGCAAAAUGUCGGAGAACUUUGGACACAGUUCAAAGUUAGCGACGAACUAAUUGUAAGUUAUUGUGCAUCGGUAGCAUUUGGCUAA